CGCCGCCGUCGUUAAUAUUUGUCGGCGCAGGUCUCUGGAUCUAGCAUUAAAUUAUGGAAGGAAUUGUUGUCGGUAUUGCGCAAAUAAGUUUUCACCAAAAUUUAAGUGGAAUAGCGGACGAAAAUAGCUCACCAAACUUUGCUAUAGGGUCCUCUACAAAUAUGACAACUGCAGAAGGUUAUAUGCUCAAAGCUGAGGAAUUACCAACAGUAUGUGAGCAAGAUGUCGGCGAUGGUACUCUAAAUAAUCUAAUUGAGACAGAUACAACUGGUGAUAGUGGUUGGGAAGAAGUUGAAGACGAUGAAGAAAAGUGUACUCGUAAUAAUAAGAGAGGCUACACAUUGGCCGAAAGGCGUCAAAUGCCAACGAGAGCUUCUAAAGAAUCUUCUCUGCUAGGAAUAAAGCGACGUACAAUUAUGAAACCCAGUAAACGUGUUAGGAAUCCUGACGAUUUUCAAAACUUAAAACCUGCCGAUAUAAAGAAAAUUUAUCUCAAUAAGAAGCUAACAAACUUUAAACCAUCAAGCUUAGAAACAAUUUUUGAAGAGGCAACAACCACCACACAAAGCAAUGAACAGGAUCAUACUCGCCUAAUGGGAGGCCGUAAGAUAAAGAGGGCCCUCUCCUGUACAGACGGCUUUAGAUACAGUAAGACUUUGGUAAAUAAGAGGCGAGCCAAAAUAAAGAAGACGUUUGGCAAACGAUUUGCUUUGAAGAAAAUCUCCCUGGAAGAAUUCAUAACAAAACUAAAUGACAGUAUUGAUAAAAACGAUAUUACCACAAAUUCAACUGAGUGUCAAGAGCAGCUCAAGGAUAAAAGCAAUUUCAAUGAAACUGCCACACAAUUUUCUUGUUCAGAAAUGUUUGUAUCAAAUAUCUCUGCUCAGCUAGAAGACGAUGAUGCAAUGAUACCAAUUAACAUUCCUACAACUAAAUUAGAAACAGAAUUAACAAAUGAAAUGUCUCUGUAGUAGACAAAAGGCCUAUUUUUAAAAAGCAAACUAUUUACAAGACUGAAGUGAGUGUUUAUAAUGCAAAUUAAUGUAGUAAUUUAAAUAUUUGACAAAAAACUGCAAUUAUAAAUAUGUAUGUAUGUAUAACUAUACAAUUUUGCCAAUAUUUCCUUAAUAUGAAACAGAAUUUUUAAAUGUUGGCACUUUUUUUUGUAUCCUAUAUAAAUUUUGAAUAAAUCUUUU